GUUGAACGAUAGAGUUCAGUGCAAGGCCAUCUAUAGAGUUCAGUGGUUGAACGCAAGGCCCUGUGAUACAAUUACGUACAUCAACAUUACUAAUCAAUCAGUAAUCGAUUUUGGUAAUUUUUCACUGCCGUCGAGGUACCUAUCUUUAUUGACAAUGUAUACUUUUAUUUGAUAUUCUUCUAAGUUCUAUGUACCGUGAUUUGAUGCUCCAGUUGAGCUGAGCCUGGGCAGUUGAGACAACAAUACCAACCUGAACCACACAUUUGCAUUUUUGGCAAGCCACGUUCUAACAUCUACCCCUACUUUGACCUGUCAAGCAAAUGUGGGAUACAAACUGAGCAAUGCUGAGCAACCAGUAGCCAGCCAUAUUUACCUCAGUAUCAGUUCAUAAUGUUGUAUUGAUCUGGAUGUGAAAUCGGAAUUACCAUCAUCUAAGAUUCCGGCACUUCUGGAACGUUUCAUUCUGACAGCGAUCCAUUUGGAUUGAAUCAUUCAUCACAAGAUCCGCCGGCCAUGGGCCAUGGGUCGCCACAGUGAGCUGCAGCGCUCCGUGCUCGCGCUGUACCGACAGUGCCUGCGCGCCGCCGCUCAUAAACCGGGCGCCGCCGCCGCCGUCCGCGCAGAGUUCCGCCGCAACGCCGACGUGCCGCGCCUCGAGGUGAUGCGUAUCGAGUUCCUGCUGCGACAGGGCCGCCGCAAGCUGCAGAUGCUCCAGGAUCCGCACGUGUCGCAAAUGGGCCAGUUCCGCAGCGACGACCAGUGACCAGCGUCUGCAAGCUGAGCGGUUUAGCGGCUUACAGGAUACAGCAGCACGGUUUGGACUGCUGAUAAGACAGGACUCUGAGGAGGGCUGAGUUAGCAUCACGAGCUGACGGUUUAUCAUCUGGCCUACUCCCUUUGCCACAUUAAAGACUCUUCCACCGCACGAUGAGCCGGCUGGUGCGUGUGCGCCACCUGGGUCUGGUCAGCUACUCGGCCGGCCUGGCCGCCCAGAGGGCAGCACUGUCGGCCCACCAGGCGGCGCUGGCGGCGGGCGGGCCGGCGCCUCACGAGCUGCUGCUGCUGGAGCACAGGCCCGUGUACACGGUGGGCCGGCGGCAGCAGGGCGCCGACACGGCCGCAGAGGAGGCGCGCCUGCGCCGGCUCGGCGCCGAGUUCGAGCGCACCGGCCGCGGCGGCCUCAUCACCUUCCACGGGCCCGGCCAGCUGGUCGCCUACCCGAUGCUGAACCUGCGACAGCUGGGCGUGCCUGGCCCCAGGAGGUACGUCUGCCUCCUGGAGCAGGCCAUCAUCGACGUCUGCGGUCAGCUCGGUGUGUCGGCGGCCACCUCUCCACACACGGGCGUCUGGGUGGGCGACAACAAGGUCUGCGCGCUCGGGAUUCACCUGACGCAGCGCGUGCUGACCUCGCACGGCCUGGCGCUCAACUGCUCCGUCGACCUCGACUGGUUCCGGCACAUCGUGCCGUGCGGCAUCGCCGACAAGUUCGUCACCUCGCUGACAGCCGAGCUGGGCCGCCCCGUGGCCGUGGCAGAGGCGGCGCCGCUCGUGGCCGAGGCGCUGGCGGCCCGCCUCGGCUGCCGGCUGGUCUGGGAGGACGGCGACCGGCCGGCCAGUGACGUCAGCGCCGCUCAGCCAAUCACCGCCGAGUGACGCCGGCCGAGUCGCGCCAGCCGAGUUUGUCCGGUAUUUAUAGUGUUUGCUAGCUACUAACUGGGCAUUUCCACAUUUUAUGAAAUUGCUAAACCUGUAGCGGUGCGCUGUGAGUUGUGAAGUGAAAUGGGAUGUGUGGUCGCAUGUUGGGUGGCCGGUGGGAUGGGAGUUAUGACGGUGAAAUGUGAGCUGGUAUCUGUGAUGGGUUGGAACAGUAAAAUGUGCGACUGUAUGAGCGAUGGGAUGGUGAUAGAUAACAGGCGUUAUUUCACACUCAGGCUAGACAUAGUCUGUAGGUGAGUAAAGUAAGUCAGUUACCUCAGCUAGGGGGUCGAGGCAGGGUAUAAACCAUUGAAGGAUGGUUAAAAACCAUGCAGCCACAAGACGCAAAAAGAGCCGUGAUAUAUCAAUCAGACGUAGGUACCUACCGUGUUAUCGUCCAAACUUCAAGCUUCUAAGUUGUGUGUUGCACCACACAGCGGUCGGUGCCAUGGCACCGCGGUCGGUAGACUCACAGUGUAUAUAAAUAUAUAAAAGGUAGACUGUAGCUGAACCCAAGGCCUGAGCCAGAGGGCUGAACCCGAAUUUUAGCUUAUUAGGUAUUCAAUAAUUUAACACGUUUGGCAAAAAAGCAUGACACAUUUAGGCCUCUUAUGCUAAAUUUUGUCCUGAAAAUUCGCUUAGUACCUAACUAUCUGACGUGGAAUAAAUAUCGGUAAUAUACGAUCACUGUUUUGCUAUUUAUAGCUGUUGCGAUGCUUUCUAAUUCUAUCUGUAUUUUGCCUGUCUUGGGAAUGCUUGCUUUGGAGUUUAGUGAUGCGACAGUAAAUGGAGAAAUGAAUAGAUAGAUGUGCCUAGGCA